GGCGGCGGGGACGGCGGAGGAGACGGCGGCGUUUGCAUGCGACGGGAGGAAUGUGGGGACAAGAAACAUGGGGUUUUGUAAGGCGUCGUUGGGGAUAGAAGAGAGAGUGAAGGAUUUGAUCGGAAGAUUAACGGCGGAGGAAAAAAUAAGGCUUUUGGUUAACAACGCCGUCGCGGUGCCGCGGCUGGGAAUUAGAGGCUAUGAGUGGUGGUCCGAAGCUCUUCACGGAGUCUCCAAUGUGGGCCCCGGUACUAAGUUUGGUGGGCCCUUCCCUGGGGCCACUAGCUUUCCUCAAGUCAUCACCACCGUUGCUUCUUUCAAUCAAUCGCUUUGGCACGAGAUCGGACGGGUGGUUUCGGACGAAGCGAGAGCGAUGUAUAACGGAGGAAUGGCAGGUUUAACGUAUUGGAGCCCGAACGUGAACAUAUUCCGAGACCCACGGUGGGGGCGGGGCCAAGAAACUCCGGGCGAGGAUCCAAUCUUGGCCGGGAAAUACGCGACCAACUAUGUCCGAGGGCUGCAGGGAAAUGCUGGAGGGAAGAGGCUUAAGGUGGCGGCUUGUUGCAAGCAUUAUACUGCCUAUGAUCUUGACAAUUGGAAUGGCGUUGACCGGUACCAUUUCAACGCUAAGGUGAGUAAACAGGAUUUAGAGGACACUUAUAAUGUGCCUUUCAAAGCGUGUGUGGUGGAGGGAAAAGUGGCGAGUGUGAUGUGCUCUUAUAAUCAGGUCAACGGGAAGCCAACUUGUGCUGACCGUGAUUUACUCAAAAACACCAUCCGGGGCGCUUGGGGGCUUGAUGGGUAUAUUGUAUCUGAUUGCGAUUCUGUUGGAGUUUUGUACGGUAGCCAACAUUUUACUCGCACCCCAGAAGAAGCUGCUGCUUCCACGAUCAAAGCUGGCUUGGACUUGGACUGUGGACCAUUCUUGGCGGUGCACACAGCAACGGCGGUGGGAAAAGGACUCCUAAAAGAAGCUGAUCUCAACAACGCCUUAGCCAACUUACUUUCCGUCCAAAUGAGGCUCGGGAUGUUCGACGGCGAGCCCACGGCCCAAACCUACGGCAACUUGGGCCCAAAAGACGUCUGCACGCCGGCCCACAAACAGCUAGCCCUCGAAGCUGCAAGACAAGGCAUAGUCCUUCUCAAAAACCGAGCGGCAUCUCUACCACUCUCCCCCACGCGCCACCGCACAGUGGCAGUGAUUGGCCCGAACUCCGAUGCCACCGAAACAAUGAUCGGGAAUUACGCAGGAGUGGCAUGUGAAUACACUUCGCCGCUACAAGGAAUCUCGAAAUAUGUUAAGACCAUCCAUGAGAAAGGUUGUACCGACGUGGGGUGUGGUGGGGAUCAGCUGAUCACUGCGGCGGAGGAGGCGGCGCGUGGGGCAGAUGCGGCGGUGCUGGUGGUGGGUUUGGACCAGUCCAUUGAAGCGGAGUUUAGAGAUAGAAAUGGGCUGCUUUUGCCCGGGCAUCAACAGGAAUUGGUUUCGAGAGUUGCGAGGGCUUGUAGAGGGCCGACCGUGGUGGUUUUGAUGUCGGGUGGGCCCAUUGAUGUUUCGUUUGCGAAAAAUGAUGCCGAAAUCAGUGCCAUUCUUUGGGUUGGGUAUCCCGGGCAAGCCGGUGGCGCAGCCAUUGCCGAUGUGUUGUUUGGGGCCACUAAUCCUGGAGGAAAAUUGCCAAUGACUUGGUACCCACAGAGCUACCUGGCGAAGGUCCCAAUGACAAAUAUGGGCCUAAGACCCGACCCAUCAACCGGCUACCCGGGUCGAACCUAUCGGUUCUACAAGGGCCCAGUCGUCUUCCCAUUCGGGUUCGGUUUAAGCUACUCAAAAUUCUCCCAUUCCAUAGCCGAAGCCCCAACAAGAAUCUCACUUCCUCUCUCAAUUUUCUCUCCCAAUUCCACCUCCUCUUUCGACGCAAUCAAAGUCUCACACAUCGAUUGCGCCGCCAUCUCCGAUCUCGGCCUUCAAAUCGACGUCAAGAACACCGGAACCGCCGAUGGAUCUCACACCAUUCUUGUAUUCGCCUCGGCUCCAAAUGAGAUCUGGUCGCCGGAAAAGCACUUGAUCCGAUUCGAAAAGGUUCAUCUGAUGGCCGGAUCUCUGCAGCGAGUUCGAAUCGGAAUCCGUGUUUGCGAUCAUCUCAGCCGAGUCGAUCAGUUUGGAACUCGAAGAAUUCCGACUGGUGAGCAUAAACUCCAUAUUGGAGAUCUUACUCAUUUGAUUUCUCUUCACGCUGAUUUAAAGAACGUUAAAUUCUGAUCGAGUAUGAACAAUGUCGAAAUGUUGAUGGUGUUUUGCCCUAA